AUGUCUUGCAUACACCACAAAACCAGCCAAGUGGCUACUGGUUCAGCAAUUGCCUCCAUCACUUGCUUCUUGCGCCAAACAAAAUUGGUCAUUGACUGGCACAAUUUUGGUUACUCGAUCCUCGCUCUAAAACUUGGUCAAAAUCAUAUGUUGGUAAGACUGUCAACCUGGUACGAGAAAGUAUUCUGCAAAUCCGCAUCGGCCCAUCUGUGCGUGACAGAUGCUAUGAAGUCUUUCCUCAAAAAAGAGUUUGAAAUACAAAAGCCUAUUUUGUCCUUGCAUGACCGCCCUGCCAGCCACUUCAGUCCCAUUAUUGACCCCAAUGCCCGAACUGAGUUCCUUGAAACUUUACCGGAAACCAAGGAAGUUCGCGCCUCUUUAAAAACAGGAACCCUGCGUGUCCUUGUCAGCUCUACUUCGUGGACUGUGGAUGAAGAUUUCUCGGUCUUUAUAGACGCCCUUCUACGGUACUCUGAACUGGCCACUACGACACAACCUCAUCUUCCCGAAGUCUUGGUCAUCAUUACAGGAAAAGGUCCGCAGAAAGAAAUGUAUCUGAGGCAAAUUGCGGUACUUGAGAAAUCCGGUAAACUUCAAAAGGUCACCAUUCGAACUGCGUGGCUGAGUGUGCCGGACUAUGCAAAGUUGCUAGCGUCCGCGUCUUUGGGGGUCAGUUUACACACCAGCAGCAGUGGAGUUGAUCUUCCAAUGAAGGUGGUAGAUAUGUUUGGCGCAGGUCUUCCAGUAGUCGGAUGGGAUCGUUUCGAGGCCUGGCCUGAAUUGGUGACCGAGGGUGUCAAUGGGCUUGGCUUUGGCAGCUCUGAGGAGUUGGCGGACCAUUUGGUCGAAUUGUUCGGAAACAACGGCAGAUUGGAAACCCUCCGUCAUGGCGCACAGAAAGAAAGCUCUCGUUGCUGGGACGAUGAAUGGGAUCCCAUUGCGGCCCCUCUUCUUUGCUUAACAUAG